CAGUGGUUUUACGACCUACAAUGCAAUUCUCAAUCUUCAAUUUAUAAGUUAGAAAGGAACAGACAAACGAGCGACCAUAAUAACAAUUCUAAUAAUUAAGAUUAAUUGUUUAAAAAGUGACUUAACUCAUAAGUGAAAUAAUGUCUUUACUGAGUUGAAUAUUGAGACACACGCGAUCAGUCCCGAAACAUCGCUCUUUUCAAAAUGUUAAAAACGGAUACGAAAUGUGUUGAUUGUGAGAAAAUUAUGUAUUUAGAAACAAAGCGAAAAAAUACGAAAAAUUUUUGGAUUGGCACAAUUUUAUUUAUAAUUGUUGCGUUCAAUUUGAUUUUAGCUGCUUUUGUUUAUACUUUGCAACGCGAUUUACGAUAUUUGCGUUACGAAGUUGAUGUUUUACAUGAAAUUUUACAACCAUAUGCAUCGGCAGUUGCACCGCAAAUCACCCAAAAUUAUCACGAAUAUGUGCCAUCAGAUUAUGAGAAUGAUAACGAUAUAGUAGGGACACCAAAUCUUCCAAAAUUAGAUCGAAAAAAACGUGAUAUUAUACAAAUUCGGGAUGAUGGUGUACCAAUUUUGGAUGAGCCGUAUAAAUCAAAUAAAUAUCGUCCAAAAACUACCACAGUUGCAACAUUAAAAUUCUAUAAUUCACUUCGAAAUGUUCCGUUGAGAAAUCAUACUCAUCAUGGAUCAGGAUUACAUUAUCCAAAACAUAAUCACAAUCAUAAAUUUGGUAUAAAGUCACGACCAAAGCGUAAAUUAUCAGCUCGAAUGACCGCAAAUCGUGAAUUAGUUGAGGAAUUUAAUCCGGAAAAUCAUAAUAAACGUUCAGGAAAUUCAUCACGGCAUAAACAGUUCAUAACUAAUGCACAUUUUUAUGGGAAUGCUGCCAAUAUGAUUGAUAAUUGUAACACAGUUUGGACCCUUGGAAAUUGGGCUAAAAGUCAUAACGAUUAUUUACAACAGAACGAUGGACUUGUUAUUAAAAAUACUGGAAUCUAUUUUAUUUAUGCGCAGUUGUAUUAUUAUCAUCCAAAAAAUUUAUCGGGAUUUUCAGUACUACGUAACCAAGUAAGUAAUUUAAUGACAUGCGCAGUCUCAUUACAUGGAACAAAACAAAUGGAUAAUCGUACGAAUUCGUGUUAUGUGGCAACGGUAGCGCAUUUAAAUGCUGGUGAUAUUCUUCAGAUUCAGGAUCAUCAUACGGCAAAAUGUAUCUUUCAGGAUGACAAAACUUACUUUGGAAUAUUUAAACUAUCCGAUAUUAAAUCUGAAUAAUUUUGCAUUUAUUUUGUUUUAUAUA